AUGGUGAUAACGACGGUGCGAUAACGGUGGAGAUCCAACUGCGCCGCUUAUGUGAGAUGUCCGGCAGACCGUCCGUGAUUUCUUCUUCCGACGCGACGAGGAAGCGCAGGUGAGAAUGUGGAAACUGGGCACGUACGGACUCACGCAUCCGGAGUCGCUAUCGGAGCACCAGCUCCGCGAGAUCCUGCAGAAUAGUUGUAUUGAAAGCAAUAAGUUCGAAAAAUUAUGUAGAGGUGAGCUACUGGAAAUAUAUAAGCGGAUUGCAAUGCCCUUACCUCAACGUCAGCAUGGAAAUACCAAGGGUUUGAGUACAGUAGAUGGGCUAUCAGAAAAGUCCGUUACUGCCGUAAGUGAUAAUGAUGCAGAUAACUCGAACAAAGGAACUAAGAGACCACCACAAACAUCUCAUUCUCAGGUAGAUAAAUUAAAAUCUUCCUUUCACGAUCAGAAAUCAGCGAGCAAGAAGAUUCGAUUAUCCUCUAUGUCCAAAGUAGAAGUUGGAUGCAAUGGAAUUUAUAAACGCAGUUGCGAGGAACAGAGCGAGGAAUCGCCAACAAGAAAACAUCAGAAAAUUACAUGGCCAUAAACAGUAGGUGAAAAAUAUUUUUGUUUUAUAAAAAUUUAUUAUUAGGAAUUCAAUUUGAAACAGAAGUGCAUCGGUACAGUAAUUUUUUUAUCAUACAACUAAGCUUGUAAUAGUUAGCCAGAGUAUGAGGAAAACUAAGCAAAGAUUGCUUGACAAUCUUAUCUACAAAAUAUUUGGGUGAGUUUAUUUAAUAUGUUGAAUCAUACUGCUUUAAACAGAUUGAUAGAGAUAUUAAUAUCAUCAAUAUCUCUAUUGAAUAAUUUUUUUAUUGUUUAUUAAAUAUUAAAUGAGGACAAAUAAGGCUUGUGAACGUUGCGAGCGUUAAAUGAAACGCGUCUUAUCACAUUUCUCAAUUAUUUUAAUGUUUGAAUAAUAUAAAACAAUGAAAAGAUGAUUCUAUAGGUUUGAUCUGCUUUAUAUAUUUUAUAUGUAAUUCGCACCAUGAAAAGAAAUUUAUUAUUAGAUACAACAAAUAGAUUUGGCAGCUGGUGAUGUACAGGAGGUCCCGAAAUUUGCGAAUCCAAAUACUAUGGAGUGUUUGACCAUUUGACCAUGUUACAAUUGACCAUACUUAUAGUGCAACUUUUCUCUUGGAACAGCCAAUUAGAAUAUUUUAUUAUAAAAUUAACAAAUUAGCGACAUAAGCAAUCGAGUAUCAUCCAAACAAGAAAAUUUUCAAAAAAUUAAGUAAAAAAGUUAUUUGAUCCUUAUAAAAAAGGUAAAUCCUUAAAAAUGUAAAUUUCUUUCAAGUAAAAAUUUACAACUUUAGUUAACUUUUUAAAAACUUUCUUGCUAUAAUAUUUUAAUUCAUGAAUUUCGAGACACUGUAUAAAAAAAGUUUUACAUAUAAUGUGUCGUGAUUAAUGUAUGUAUCUACAUCUAUUUACAAUCUUUUUAAUUUAGUUAAAUCGCCGAAUUGUACAUAUAAUACAUGACUUAAAUUUCGAGUUAGAAUAUUGAACAGUAUUCAGAGAUAAAUGAAUCGAUAGAAGCGUGCGUUAGUUAAGAUGAUUUUCUUUCUUCGCGUCAUAGAGAUAAUAGUAUUAAAUGAGUUUAAUUACACCGUGUUUGUUUUUAUCGUGAUUAUCUUUUUAUAAUACGUAAUACUGAACGCUUGUGUUAUUCACGUCAUAUGCAAUGGUCACAUUAUCGCGGAAUGAAACUAUCUUUGUUUGUAAUGUUGUUUGUAUGUGUAAUGUACAAACGAUGUUUGUAAAUUCGAACUAUUAGAUUUGUUCUUUAUAGCUGCAUUACUCUUUACUUUCUGUACUUACAAUAAAAAAAUAGAUAUUCAAUUAAAUGAAAAUUAAAUUUAAAUAGAAAAAAGAAAGAGUUAAUUAUAUAAAGAACAAAUUUAUUGUAUCGAAUGUUCACGCUGCGCGAGAUUUAUGUAUCGCACGACGUGUGUUUAUCGAUAAGAUAUAAGAUAUUCAAUUAAGCGAAAAUUAAAUUGAAAUAGAAAAAAGAAAAAGUUCAGCUAUAAAGAACAAAUUUAUCGUGUAUUUAUCGAUAAGAUAUAAGGUAUAAAUUAAUCAUUCAUAUCUGAAUAAAUAAUUCUAAUUGUUUUAACAUUGAAUGAAAAUAUCAA